UAUCUAUGAGCAGUGGCUGCUCAGAGAGAGACAUGAUUUGAGAGGAUAAUCAAAAGAAGGGAAGCCCAAGGUAGAGAGAGGUACAUUGGAUAUGCAGGAAGUGGGAGCGCCGUCCCUUGGUGAUUAGUUGGGGCAGUUCCAUGGCUAGGUUUUUUGCACGCAGUUGUUGAACGCCUGACAGACAUCGGAGGCAAGGGCUCCACCGCUGCUACCCCUUUUACUGCUGCUGCUGCUUCAGAGGAGCUCUGUUUGCUACCGGAGAGGAAGCUUUGUCUCAGCACACAAAGCAGAUGGUGAGGGAGCAGUAUGUCACCCCCACCCAGGACAGCAGUGUCGCUGCCCCGGUCCCUGACUCCAUCAAUAAGAUCGGGAUCUACGGUUGGAGGAAGCGCUGCCUAUACCUGUUUGUCCUGCUGCUCAUCAUCAUCCUCACCGUGAACUUUGCCCUCACCAUAUGGAUCCUCCGGGUCAUGUGGUUAAACACAGAAGGGAUGGGACAUCUAAAAGUAACAGCGGAGGGAGUGAGGCUUGAGGACGGCAAGUCAGAGUUCCUCUGUCCUCUCUACACCCAAGAGAUCCACUCCAGAGUGGACUCCUCUCUCUUGGUGCACUCCUCUGAAAACGUCACUCUCAAUGCCCGCGAUGAAAAUAAUGAUGUCACAGGAAGUCUCUCCGUAGGUCCAGAUGUGGCCCAGGGAAAUGCACCGAAUUUUGUCAUCAGCUCCAACACCAAGAUGCUGUUUUCUGCAGAUGACAAAGAGGUGGUUGUUGGAACAGACAAACUUCGUGUUACAGGUCCAGAAGGUGCUCUGUUUGAACACUCUGUAGAGACGCCCCUGCUUAGAGCUGAGCCCUUCAAAGACUUGAGGCUGGAGUCUCCAACCCGCUCUCUCAGCAUGGAUGCACCAAAGGGAGUCUUUGUCAAAGCACUGGCCGGGAACAUCGAGGCGGCAUCUAACAUGGAUAUUCUAUUGCACUCCAGUGAAGGACUGGUGAUUCUGGAUGCCGAGACGGUGCGUCUGCCGAGUCUCCCCCUGGGACAUGGAGGGGUGUCUGGAAACGCUCAGGGAUGCUGGCCCAUGAUGACUCCAUGUUUCCCACAGUUGUGUCAAGUUGGCUGGAUGUCCUUUGGGUGGGUCAUUCUUGAUAGACAUGGGAAACUGUUGAGCAUGAAAAGCCCAGCAUCAUUGCAGUGCACCUGGCACCUACUACCAUACUCCGUUCAAAGUCACUUACAUCUUGUGUCUUGCCCAUUCACCAUCUGAAUGGCACACACACAAUCCAUGUCUCGAGGCUUGAAAAUGCUUAUUUAACCUGUUUCCUCCUCUUCAUCUACACUAAUUGAGGUGGAUUUAGCAAGUGACAUCAAUAAGGGAUCAUAGCUUUCACCUGGAUUCACCUGGUCAGCCUAUGUCAUGGAAAGAGCAGGUGUUCUUAAUGUUUUGUAUACAAAUGCAACCUAGUUAUGGUCUAAGAAAGAUAAUAUAAAAUAGAGGUACAGUUGAGUGUGUUUGUGUUACACAUUCAUUAUGCAACGUUAAGCAAUCUGAUACAUCUGUUGCUAGAGAUUUUAAAAAGGGACUGUUUUCCCAAGUACUUAAUUUCCUCUCCCAGUUCACCAGCUGCCACUGUGUUUCUGUAGUUCUUUUCAUUCGUGCAUUUCUGUUUGCUUAACAUUGCAGAAUGAAUGUGUUACACAAUCUGAUACAUCCAAUCCUGCUGCUAGAGAUUUUAAAAAAGUGACUGUGUUUUUCCAAGUACUUAAUUUAAUCUCACAGUUCACCAGCUGCCACUGUGUUUCUGUUGUUUUUUAAAUGUAUGCAUUUAUUGUGUGAAAUGUAUUUAUUUUUAUGUUUUUUUUUUAUGUGUGGCCAUAUAUCACAAACCCCCGAGGUGCCUUAUUGCUAUUAUAAACUGGUUAACAACAUAAUUAUAGAAGUAAAAAUAAAAUUUUUGUCAUACUCGUGGUAUACAGUCUAAUAUACCACGGCUGUCAUCCAAUCAGCAUUCUGGGCUCGAAUCACCCAGUUUAGAUUAGUCAGUCAAACUAAUCAGUAUACUGUAAGUAAUAACUUUGCAAGAAUAGAAAAUUAAAGGGAUAGUGUGACAUUUUGGCAACUAAGCCCCUUGUUCUAUUUACCCAGAGUCAGAUGAACUCAUGAAUACCAUUUGUAUGUCUCUGCGUGCAGUAUGAAGGAAGUUGAAGGUACUUUCUGGAAUCAUUGCUAACUAGUGCUGUGACUGGAAGUGUACAGGAACGGCUAGCAUGCAUUUUCAUAAAUCUCUCAAAUUUGCUACAUUUUCUUUUUCAAUACAUGGUUGUGUUUCUAUCUCCUUCCUUGGUAUAGGCCAUGACAUUAAAUAUGCUAUGAUGUCAAACUUCUAAUCCUAUUGCACUGCAAUACUGUAGCCUACCCAUAGCCAACUGUCACAUACUGUCAAGGUUACCAGUCUAUUUACUUUUGCGCAUGCUUGGCUAUUGAAUUAACAAUUGAUAAAUGGUAGCCUACUAUCUGUUAUGUGGCGGAAAUAAUUUAAACCAGUUAUGUCAGAAAAGGAAACGCGUCCUGCAAUGUGAUUAUGAUGUAGGCCUAUAUAAUACAAGUAAAAUAAACACAUUAGAUGACAUGCUGCUAUGCAAUCUCUUUACCAAUGCAUCUGUUUUAUCAUUAGGCCUACGUUUUGUUUUUAUUAGCCUAUCAUCAUUAUAAAUCCCGUACAUCAAACACCUCCCAUUUUCCCCAAAUGAGCAAUAAACCUAUUUGUUGCAAUGCAGUUGAUCAACCGUCUAAAACUUGUGUACACAAAUCUUUUGAGAUUUGCGUGGAGAUAGGCACCUUCCUGUCAUGUUCACAAUUGAUAAAUACCAAUCUUUGCAGGAAAACUAGCGCUCGCAAGGUUCAGAGUAUUUUUCUUGCAUAUGCCCCUGUAGCCUAUGUGUUCUAUUUUAGGGAAUAUUUAUUGUACAUUUUGAUUUUAGAAAAAAAAAAUGGUAGCUUCUUAGUUAUCUUGUCACGACCUUGACUGUAAUAUAGAUUCUAAUGCGUUACUGUUCACCCAUGUUGUAUACAUGUUCGCUUGUUGUCCUUAUACAGUAAAUAUUCUAGGAUUGUCAGUGAAGUUGAUGUUUUGAUAAAAUUGUGGAACAUGUUUGCCAGGUUUUGUAUGUUUGAAUAAAACAUUUGUGCUAUUCUUGUAAAAAAGCUCCUGUCUUUUUAACAUAAUAACAUGUAUAUACAGUGGGGAGAACAAGUAUUUGAUACACUGCCGAUUUUGCAGGUUUUCCGACUGACAAAGCAUGUAGAGGUCUGUAAUUUUCCAUACUCCUCCAUACAGACUUUCUCCAGAUCCUUCAGGUUUCGGGGCUGUCGCUGGGCAAUACAGACUUUCAGCUCCCUCCAAAGAUUUUCUAUUGGGUUCAGGUCUGGAGACUGGCUAGGCCACUCCAGGACCUUGAGAUGCUUCUUACGGAGCCACUCCUUAGUUGCCCUGGCGGUGUGUUUUGGGUUGUUGUCAUGCUGGAAGACCCAGUCACGACCCAUCUUCAAUGCUCUUACUGAGGGAAGGAGGUUGUUGGCAAAGAUCUCGUGAUACAUGGCCCCAUCCAUCCUCCCCUCAAUACGGUGCAGUCGUCCUGUCCCCUUUGCAGAAAAGCAUCCCCAAAGAAUGAUGUUUCCACCUCCAUGCUUCACGGUUGGGAUGGUGUUCUUGGGGUUGUACUCAUCCUUCUUCUUCCUCCAAACACGGCGAGUGGAGUUUAGACCAAAAAGCUCUAUUUUUGUCUCAUCAUACCACAUGACCUUCUCCCAUUCCUCCUCUGGAUCAUCCAGAUGGUCAUUGGAAAACUUCAGACAGGCCUGGACAUGCUCUGGCUU